AUGGCCAUCCCAACCAAAGUCACGAUCAUUGGGGCAACCGGGUUGAUCGGUCAAAUUAUCCUCAAGGCAUUGAGGCCAAAUACCGAUUUCACCGUUACCGUCCUAUCCCGCCAAGAAUCAUCCAGCACGACUGAGUUUCCACCCGGAGUUAUGGUCCAUAAGACCGACUUUUCGCCCUCCAGUCUCCGGUCCCUCCUUCGUGAGCAAGAUGUGCUCAUCUCCGCAGUUGGUGGGACUGCGUUCACUGAACAGAAGAAGUUCAUCGAUGCUGCGAUCGAGGCGGGCGUGAAACGGUUCAUUCCCUCCGAGUUCUCGACCAGCAGCGAAGAUGAUGCUGUAAUCGAGCUACUCCCUCUGUUCCGGCAGAAGAGGGAUAUUAUCAAUUAUUUGAAAGAGAAAGAGGAAGAUGGGCUGAGCUGGACUGGAAUUGCUACUUCUGGGUUGUUUGACUGGGGACUCGCAUCUGGCUUCCUCGGAUUUGACAUUAAGACCAAGUCUGCAGUGAUCUGGGAUGGUGGUGUCACAUCAUUCACCCUGACGAAUCAGGAACAGCUUGGAAAGACUGUUUUAUCCGUCAUCUUGCGGUUGGAGGAAACCAAAAACUGCUUUCUAUAUAUUGCAUCUGUUGAGACUACUCAAAAUGAAGUCCUGAAGACACUUGAGGAAGUUACAGAAUCACGGUGGGCAGUAAUGGAGACUACGACCCAGGAGCAGGUUGCGGAAGGACUCAAGAAGUUGGGUGCAGGUGAUAUUAGUGGUGCGUUCGCGCUAGUUCGGGCGACCGCUUUUGGGAGUACUGCUGGGUUGAAGACGAACUAUGUCAGGGAUCAGAAUCUGGCUAAUGGAUUGUUGGGGCUGGAGAUGGAGAGCGCGAAGGGGAUUGUUGAGCGGGUGUUUGGGGUGUAG